GUCUCAUUUUCUACAGAAUUUGUGCCAAAUUACAUCGUUUUGUAUUCUAAGAAAACGUAUUGGUAAUUAUUUCAGAUAGUUUAAAUAUUAAUGUAAAACAUGAGCUUCUUUUCCAGUAAUAUGUAAUGUUAUUGUAGUGACUCCAAUAACAAAGAUAUAACAUCAUCCACAUUAUUGAGUUUAUUGAAUAAUUUCUAAAGAACAAAAAUCACACUUUCUAUUUCUGUUCAGUUCCUCUCUCCGUCCAGCAGGAGGCGGUGUCUCGCUCUCUGACACGAAAAUAAAAACAGUAGAAGAAGACACUUCCGGGUGGUUUGUUUUGGUUCUGUUGCCCAGUUAGCCGUUAGCAGUUAGCUUCCAGCUAUCCAUGUCGGCUACAGAGGACGACACCGAGCUGCGGGACCUCCUGAUCCAGAACCUGGAGAACAACGGAGUCCUCAACAAGCUGAAGGCAGAGAUGAGGGCAGCAGUGUUCCUGGCCAUGGAGGAGCAGGACCAGCUGGAGGUGAAGAACAAGAGUCCUCUGAUCAACGAGAACCUGAAGAAGUGUCUGAACAGCAGAGACGGACGUCUGGUGGCCGGUCUCAUCGUGGACUUCCUGCAGGUCUUCAACCUGGACUUCAGCCUGGCCGUGUUCCAGCCGGAGAUCAACUCGCUCAACAGUCUGGACAGUCGGGACCUGGUCUGCAGAGAUCUGUGUCUGUCAGAGUCCGAGGUGAACAGGAACUGUCCUCUGCUGCUGGAGCUGGUGAGGAGAGGACGACACAAACCCUCUGAGGUGAGACAUGAGGACGUGAGGACGUGAAGACAAGUAGACAUGUGGACAUUAAUCUGUCUGUCUGUGUUGUGAUCUGGUCAGUAGGGAUAGAAUAGUUACAGCUUUGGUUUCCUGUUGAUCUCACUGUGUUUACUGUUGAAGCUCAGAGUCACAGUACUACUACUACUACUGCUACCACUACUAGCACUACUAC